UUUAUUAAAAAUGAUCGCGUCCAGAGUCUACCGUUGAGUCGAUACGAGAACACCGUAACCGGUUAGUAUAGUCUAUAGGCGACUGUCCUCUCUGGGCCUAUUUGUCUAGGCUGAAUAAACGUUCAAAUGAGAAGGACCGAUUCACAUAUAUACAUGACUUCUCUACUAGACUAGGCUAUAUGCAGAAGAGAGUGAGUACGGCAGCGGGUUGAUAGAAAUAGGCUAAAUGCCGGCUUUUGACCGGGGUUGUUGAUAUCUCAACGGCCGGUUGCGCGUUGCCUUAUAUCCUGUUUCAGUUUCUUGACUGCUGACGUGACACCUGGCUCUCUCGUUCUUUCCGUGAUUGACCGGAGAAAGGCUCGAGGGCUGUGUCGUCAGAACGGACUGGGCUGCCCGGGUGGAAACGGCUUUCCUGUUGUGAGGUCACAAGGCGGACCGGUGUUGAGCGUUCCUGGGAGUGUGUAUCCCGCGAAAGGAAGGUGGGAGGAGAGGCUCCGCAGAGAGAAAGCAGCAGCUGGCUAAACCACGAACCGCCCAGGCAAAAACAGUCUUCAGACUGAGACACUCACCGCCGAGAGAGAGAAAUGAGAGCUGGACCAAAACGAAAUAAUUUUCGAACCUAAUGAAAAUAGCCUUUUCUCCUGCUGAAGCCCUAAGUUUGUUACCAGUCCCGGUCCUUUACUGGCUUUGCUUGCUAGCCUUCUACCCAGCGAACCAUGGCCCAGGUCGGGGACGGAUCUGGGAAUAACGCCGACGACGAGGAUUGUUUUGAAGAUGCCUACGACCUGAUACCCGUGGCUGGUAAGAUGGAUUUGAAGACUUCCAUAGAAGAGUGUUCUAUGGCUCUGAACCUGGUCCUGAACAACAAAUUCUCCGAGGCCCUGGACCUCCUCAAACCAUGGUGGAAGGACAGUAUGUAUCACGCUCUGGGCUACAGUUCUAUCCUGGUGAUGCAGGCUGCCAUGACGUUUGAACACAGAGACAUACAGACAGCCAUGGCCGUCAUCAAAGAGGCCUUAACAACCUGCCAGAGGUUCAGGAAGAGAAACUCUGUGGUGGAGUCUAUCUCCAGUCUGGUGACCAAACAGUCUAAUGACCACCUCAGAGAAGAGGAGAUGCAUGCAGAGAUCUGCUAUGCUGAGUGCCUACUGCAAAAAGCCACGCUCACCUUUGUACAGGAUGAAAACAUGAUCAGCUUUAUCAAAGGAGGGAUCAAAAUACGCACAAGUUUCCAGAUUUACAAGGAAUGUCAGAAUAUUCUGAAUGUGACUCAGGACCAUAGCAGUGAAUCAUUCAGGCAGUUCGAAGGAGGAGUGAGACUGGGUAUCGGAUCCUUCAACCUGAUGCUGUCCCUCCUUCCUCAGAGGAUCCUCAGGUUGCUGGAAGUCAUCGGCUUCUCUGGCAACAGAGACUUCGGUCUGUCUCAGCUGAGAGAAGGAGCAGCGAGCCACGGUCUCAGAGCUGUCCUCAGUGUGUUAACGCUGCUGCUGUACCAUACCUACGUUACACUCAUACUGGGUACUGGAGAAGGAAACCUUGUAGAGGCAGAAGCCUUACUGGGACCUUACCUCGAGAAGUUCCCUAAUGGUUCUAUCAUUCUGUUUUAUUCUGCUCGGAUUGCUGUGCUCAGGGGAAACUUCGAGAAGGCCCAGUUAAAGUUUGAGGAGUGUAUCUUAGCCCAGUCUCAGUGGAGACAGAUUCACCACCUGUGUUACUGGGAGUUGAUGUGGAGUCACUCCUUCACUCAGGACUGGCUGCAGGCAUACAGAUACGCUGACCUGCUCUGUAAGGAGAGUCGCUGGUCCAAGGCCAUCUAUGUCUACCAGAAGGCUGCUAUCCUCUCUAUGUUGCCUGAAGAGGAGAUCAAGAAGACUGGAGAGAACGUGGUCGAGCUGUUCAGGCAGGUAGAGGGGCUGAAGCAGAGACUAGCAGGGAAGUCCAUACCUACUGAGAAGUUUGCAGUGAGGAAAUCGCGAAGAUACAACGCCAGAAACCCUGUCAAACUGGUGGUCCCAGCACUGGAGAUGAUGUACGUAUGGAAUGGUUUCACCAUCGUAGGGAAGAGAGCAGACACCACAGAGAGUCUCCUCAUCACCAUAGAGAAGACAGAGGAGGAGCUAAGCAACGACCCCAGUCCGUCAGAGUACCAUCCUGAUGACCAGUGUCUGGUUCAGAUGUUAAAAGGCCUCUGUCUUAAACACCUGGGAAGGCUACUGCAGGCCGAGCUCUGCUUCACACAGGUUCUGUCCAGUGAGCGGAGAAUCAGAUUUGACCACUACCUGAUCCCCUUCACCCUAUAUGAGUUGGGUCUACUCUACAAACAACAGGGGGACUUCAUCAAGGCCACGCGAUACAUAGAGAACGCCAAGUUGAACUACAAGGACUACUCCAUGGAGUCCAGGCUUCACUUCCGGAUCCACGCAGCUCUCAACAGUCUCAAGGGAUCGCCUGUCAGCACACCAUAACUACAGCCCAACUGCAAUCAGACUACAACCGAUUUUACACCAUAACUACAGCCCAACUACAAUCAGACUACAACCCCCAAGCUACACUCUGACAACAUUUUAAAUAAACCCCCAACAAAAAGAAAGGAGGACCAGGGCACCUCUUCGUAUAAUUAAUUCAAAUGCAUUUUAUUUGUAUGUAAUGUUCAAUAGAAACAACGUUGUAAAAAUCCGACAUGUUUCGACUGCCUUCGUCAGGGAGUACAAAUAAAUUAUACAAUGUCAUCUUUUAAACAGUUUUUCCAAUUGGCCCUGGUCACAAUAUCAAGUA